AUGAAGCUCAUCAUUGUCGGCUCGACAGACAUACUUGGGCAGGAACUCGUCAAACAAGCUCUUGACAACAUUGAAAUCACAUCUAUCAUAGCUAUAUCGGGUCAUGAUACAGAUUCACCACAAGAACCUAGUGGCCAUUCGAAAUUGGUGACGUGCGCGCUUCCCGAAUACAAUGAGGGCUGGGAGAGACUGAAUAUCGAUGCUUCUGCAACGGGUGCUUGUAUUUGGAACAUUAAACCAAUCAUGAAGGUACCGAGAUAUUUAAACGUAUAUCACGACCAAGUGAAAUAUCUCAACGAAACUCAAUACGGCGUGGAAUGGAUGGUGAGACGGCGGGAAGCACAUUUCGAAAACCCUGCGUCCCCUGGAGUAACACCCCUUCGGUUCAUUUACGUGAGCGCUUUGCAAGCCAUACACCAGAGGACGAAUCAAGUUCCGACUUCACUUUCGAUACAGGGACUCGCAGAGGAAAGAGUUUUGAGUUCCGCGGAAGAUCUCGGUGGACAAGUGCAGGCAUGUAUCGCAAAGCCGGGACGCAUCGUACGACCUAGGACUGGCAAUAUCUUGAAAGAGAUGGUGCAUACUGCUGGAUCAUGGGUCCGAGAUGGUCUCAAAGGCCGGCUGCCAAGAAUUCAGGCAGACAAAGUUGCGGCUGCGCUUCUGGACAGAGCUAUCACGGGUAAUCACCCAGAAACUCUCCAUAAUAGGGAUUUGAUCAGAAUUGGGGGAAUGGCGCUCAAAGGCCCAAAGGGCUCGGUGACAGGUGGAAAGGUAGAACAGACGAGUGAACAAGCAGAAGAGACGGGUGAACAAGCAGAAGCGGCGGGUGAACAAGUAGAAGAUGCGGGUGAACAAGUAGAAGAUGCGGGUGAACAAGUAGAAGAUGCGGGUGAACAAGAAGAAGAGACGGGUGAACAAGAAGAAGAGACGGGUAAACAGGCAGAACAGACGGUUCAACCCGUUUGA